AUGCCGCUGCCAUGCCAGCCGGCGGCCCGGAGCCGGCCGCUGGUCACGACGUGGUGCCUGAUCAGGCCGAUCCGUUGCUCUCUGCGCGUAGGACUCGCACUGCUGCCGCUGAUCGUCCUGUUAAUCUUGGCCGGCCACAGUCGUGCGGCUUCCUCGCAGCCCGUGACCCGCUACGCUUCGCGCAUCGUCGAGACGAAGAGCGGACAAAUACGUGGGAUACUUCAGGAAUUGAACAGCCGGCACUUAGACCCCGUGGAAGUGUUUCGCGGGAUACCUUAUGCUGCGCCUCCCGUAGGAGAUUUAAGGUUUCGUCCUCCGAUCUCGCCGAUACCUUGGAGCGGUGUCAAGCUGGCGGAUACAUUCGGCGCGGUGUGCCCGCAGAAUUAUCCGGACCUCACCAAUAACACUGCCGCACUUUUGCAGAUGCCGCAAGGCAGGUAUCAGCAGCUCAAAAAGAUGGUUGUCUUCCUGGCCAACCAGAGCGAGGACUGUCUCUUCCUCAAUCUGUACAUACCCGGAAGCGGAUCUCGAGGACUGGAGGCGCCGUAUGCGGUGAUGGUGUACGUACACGGCGAAAGUUUCGAAUGGGGAUCAGGUAACUUAUACGAUGGAUCGGUCUUGGCGAGCGCCGGCCACGUCAUAGUGAUCACGCUCAACUAUCGUCUCGGCAUCUUAGGAUUCUUGAGGACUCGUCCGUUCCCUGAUCGAACGAGCGGAUCCGGCGGGAAUUUGGCUUUAAAGGACAUCACGAUGGGACUCCGUUGGGUGCGUGAAAACAUCGGCGCCUUCGGUGGCGAUCCAACACGGAUAACUCUAAUGGGCCACGAUACCGGAGCGGCGCUGGUGAAUUUGCUAUUGCUCGCUCCUUACAGUAAAGGAUUAUUUCACCGUGUGGUAUUAUCCAGCGGCUCGGCACUAAGUCCCUGGGCCUCAGUGCACGACCCGAACGAUAUCAGGGCGAAGAUCGGCGAACAGAUGGGCUGCUCGACCGAAGGUGACGAAGACAUAGCUGACUGCCUCCGAGGAGUACCGUUGAAGACCCUUAUGGACGUGCAAUUACCGGAAAUCAGAUUUGUACCCCGUAUCGGGCCCGGUUUACCGGUGGACCAAAACAAUCCUGAUCCGGGUCUGGAUAUGGAGCGUGCGAGCGACGCAUUCAUCAAAGUGCCGCUGAUUCUAGGCGUUUCCACGACCGAGUCGAAUCUUGACUUCAACAACAACGACAUACAAUUCGGCUUUGAAGAGGAUCACCGGAAUCGCAUCCUUCGCACCUUCAUCCGCAACGCCUACAUCUACCAUCUGAAUGAGAUUUUCUCGGCGGUGAGGAACGAGUACACGGACUGGGAUAAGCCGGUACUUCAUCCCAUCAUAAUACGAGACUCGACCAUGGAGGCAUUGAGCGAUGGUCACACGGUCGCGCCGCUCAUGAGAAUCGCUUUCUACCACGCCAGGCGGGGCGCCAAGACGUAUUUUUAUCACUUCAAUCAUCAGUCCAAGGACAGCGGCUACGUGCAGCGCCUGGGGAGCGUUCGUGGGGAGGACAUACCGUAUAUUUUCGGGCUGCCGUUGGUGGCAGGCGGGACUUUCUUCCCGCGAAAUUAUUCCCGACAAGACCAGGGCGUUGCGGAGGCCGUACUCACCUUCUUCACCAAUUUCGCCAAAACUGGAAACCCGAACGAACCGCACAAGAUCGAGUCGGUCGACUAUGGCACGCCGAAGGAGAAGACGCGAUUCCGCGGUCUCACAUGGGAACAAUAUGAGACAGGAUCUCAGCAGUAUCUCACGAUAGCGUUGAAACCGAAGAUGAAGAGCCAUUAUCGCGGCCAUAAAAUGGCUGUAUGGCUUAAUUUGAUACCUCAGCUCCAUCGCCCUGGCGACGAUGACGUUUCAAUGCGACAUCAUCACUUCCGGGAACGAGGCGAUCAUUAUUAUGCAGGACCAGUCCGGGACGAAUGGUACACGCCACUGCCGCUAACAGGCACGACUCGGACGAGUUCUUCCUCAACCACCGCCUGCAGCACAUCUACGGGAGGUGAAGAUAGCCUUAUCGAGGAUAUUACUCCGAUUUUGGAUGAUUCCGAGGACGAUGCCGAGCUGCUACAGAGACUAGCGUCUCGACAUUACUACAGCACGACCACUGCCCUGGGGAUCACUGUGGGUGUCGGUUGCAUCCUUCUGGUUCUGAAUAUGUUGAUCUUCGCUGGCAUUUAUUAUCAGCGGGAUCGCGACAAGAAACGUGCCGCCAUGGAUUGUAGGCCGAAUGGACAGGAGUCUCUGCCGAUGACCACCAGGACGUCUAUAAAACCCUCCGACAAUCCGCGACCCGCUCAAGAACCACCCCCUUCAUAUACAACUCUCGCGAGAAGCCCUUCCAUUCAGGAACAGCAGCAGUUCGCGCCGUCCCAGGAGUGUCAGGACAGCGAGCAAUUGAGGAAAGAAUCGAGAUCCGGUCAUGGGACCAACGUCCACAAGGACGCGAUCCCUCCGAAACCGCCCGCCAGGACCACCAGUUCACUCACCACUGCCGGUAGCACCAACACUAUCAAGAAACGCGUGCAGAUACAAGAAAUAUCCGUAUAGCAUUAGGGGUUGCCCCCAGAGGGCAACGCGCGGACAAAGCGAGUGACCUUUAUGGACUCGGAAAAGGCCACUACAGAAUCCAGAUUUUGAACGAUAUAUUCCCUUAAUUGAUCAUUGGACAGUACCGAUUAAGAGAAUUUUUCACUUAUCGAACUUAUUAUGCGAACAUAACUCGAA